GUCUUCUGAUAACCCACGUUUAGAAAUCACGCCAGAGAGAUUCAAGAAAUCACAUUCCAGAUUUAACCAAACUGGGGAGUCACUUUUAGAUGAUCAAGAACCUGAUCUUGAGGGAAAAUAA